AUGUCUCGGUGCUUUCCUUACCCACCACCAGGGUAUUCACUGAGCAGAGCCAGCAAUGAGGCCUUGAUCGAAUCGAUUAAGCUCCAAAAUAAGAGGGAGAAGUCAAACGAAGGAAGGAAGAAGGAAAAGAGAACGGAGAAGAAAGAGAGAAGGAAAGAGAAGAAAGAGAAAAAGAAAGCAAAGACAAAUAGGAAAUCUGGUAAGUCUCAUAAUGUUGACAAUGUUCGUGGUGAAGAAAAAAAUUGGGUGGAUUCUAGAGGUAAGCUUCUCCACGAGGGAAGAAAAGCUGAAAUUGAACAGUUGGAAAGAAGCAGUCUCACUGAAGAGCUCGAGCAACCUCUCUGUUCUCGCAUUCCCAGCUCUUCAUCUGAAAGCACGGAGAACAGCAACAAGAGGAAGAGGCAUACCUCGUCUAUAGAUGGUAGCAACAGUCUUGGUAACAUUAUCAAGAUCCGAUUGCCCUCGAAGAAGAUGAAGAAUGAACCUGAUACUUCAUUUGAUAAGCCACAGCUUUGCUCUACAUCCGGAAGGAUGUAUUUUCCAGCGCAACGAAACGAUGAAAUUGCUCUCAGAGCUAGUCGAGGAACAGUUUGCCCGACUUCACAGGGAGCCCAUAACCUUGUUCAAGGAUUUCGGACUGGAACUGAUCAAGAGCUAGUUUUUUCGGCUUCUAGACAGAUGGAGGCUGCUGCUCAAGGCAAACUGGGAACUUCAUCUGGGGCCAAUACAGUAUUGACUCCAAUGCAGAGAUUGGAAUUACAGUAUAUGAACUUAGUUGACAAUUGGGUUCCUCCUGAACUGCAUGCUUUGGCGAAUUAUCCCAAUGAUCAAGAAUGGCUCUCCCAGAGAAAGGAUAAUGAUGUGCGUGGAGAGAAAACAUUCAGAUCCAGCGGUGAUACUGUAUCCUGUUCUAGCAGCUCAGCAUUGUGGCCUCAAUCAAGAUACUUGCCUGAUGCUGAUAUUUAUGCAUUGCCUUUUUUGGUCCCGUUUUGA